AUGGUCCUGUCCGAAGCCGGCUUGCAAGCAGCAACAACGAUGGCCAUUGCACUAGUUGACGGAUACUGGCGACUUACCCAAGCUGGGGGCAUGAUACAUGUAUUUCAGUCGGUAUAUGCCCUGUUUCAGGUCGGGAUCUUCCUAUUGUACGCGUUGAGGAACCAUAGCACCACCGUACGAGAUUCGUCUUUGGAAGAGGGGGCCCGGCGCGCAUUGCAUCUCCUGCCGGACUUAUUCCUCGAAUUGUCUUUGAGGUGGCCGGCUGCUGCUGAUACAGGUCACUACGUCAAACUACUGCGGGACACAGUCCUACAUAGCCUUGACUCAGUAGAGAGCCCUGCAAGGUCGCCUUAUGAUUUGAACCUUCUUGCUGAGCUUGAUUUCAUCAUCACUCAGCGUCGGAUUCACUCCGUCUUCCAUAGAAACGUGGACAUUAUACCUGAACAGGGGACGUCACCAGAAGUCUUCCUCUGGGAUCAGACAGAUCACUUUGAGGCCAUUUCACAAGAGAUGUGGCAAGAAAUUCUGGACAUCGACUUCGACUUCCUUGCUGACAACACUAUUCUUUCGGAAACCCCGCGUGAGGAGCAAACCACUCCAAUGCACAGUUUCGGUCUUGUCCAAGAGUCAAAAGAGCAAGGGCCCGUCUCGGACUUCGCAAUUGACACUGAUGUGUUGAUGAAUGCUGUCCCUGCUUACGUCUAUUCGCUCUAUGAGAGGUAUCAGGCUGCGCUUCGACUAGACCAUCAACACAGAUCAGGGGCAAUAGAACAUGACACGGCACUCCCUCUUCAAUACGGACUCAAUAGUAAUGUGUUCGUCCCGACUUCCGAGUUUGGUACUAUCUACGCAAAUUUGGCAUCUUCGCAACCGGGGAUUCAUCAAAGCAAGAACCUAGAUCGUUGUUUUUAUGGCCGUUCGAGUUCUCUAUCCUACCUGUUACGCGGAUUGACCACGAAAAGCGAAAGUAUGCUGACGCUCCCCGCUCAGGGGCCUUUGGCAUGGCAAGCUCAACCGCCAGAAUUGCAAACCCCUUCAGAGCCAGCUGUCCCCCCGGUCGCAGUCACAUCAGCUCUGUCACAUGUUUUUACCAGCUCCGUCAACGUAUUCUAUCCCACACUGAAAGGUCCCCAUCUAGAUCGAAUCAUGUCAAAUUUGUACCGCGACCAGAUAAAUCGCCGUGGAACCUGGGAUCGGGGGUUAGGAUACCUUGUACUUGCUAUAGGUUCAAAGCUAGGAGCGGGUGCUAACAUUGGCAUAACACACACACCAGAGAUAUACUACGCGAAGGCCCUACAAUUGCUGCAAGGGAGGCGUCACAACUGGCGGGCGCUCGACCAACUAUCUUUACUCCAAAGAACACUUCUAAUAUGUCUGUACCUACUCCUUGAUCCCGCCUCUGGAGACAUCUGGCGGUAUCUCGGGUUUGCGAUCCGGAUUUACUUCGACUUAUCUCACAGACCGGCGGAAGAUGAUGAUAUGGAUGAAGAACUUCUCAGUAUGCUAUCCAAGACACUCUAUUGCCUCGAAUGCGAUGUGUCGAUAGCGUUUGGUCGACCGAGUUCUCUGGUUAUAGGCGAUAAAGUUCGCGAUAACAUCAUCAAACCAAGGACCGGAUCCGUUGAAGAGCGUAUAGCUACCUAUUUCUACCGGCUAUCCCUCUUUAAGAUGCAGAUUCACAGUCACAUCCUCUCGAACACAAGCGCCCCAGACAUUGGCACAGCAACACAUGAUCAUUUCCAAGCCCUUCGGGCACAGCUGGAGGCCUGGCUCAAGGACUGGACGGAAGAAGGAUUGUUCAUGAGUACUGACGAAACUUAUGCCAAUGAUCCACACUCUUUACAGGUCCUGGAGGCAUGGGCAAAUCUGAACUAUCACCACACCUUAUUGUUGAUGUCCAGCUUACCGUCUGCUCUGGUUGAAAGCCCCAUGGAGAGCUGUGUUCACAUUGCCAAGUCUUGUACUUUCCUUGCAAGACACCAACAGAGGUCAAUCGCUUUAUGGCGUUCCAUGCCCGGCCAAUCGCAGUUCUUGUUCUUCCCAAAGAACUGGACAACUGCGCACCUCAUCCUGAAAGCGGGUCUUCAAUUGUCCUGCUGGUCUCCGGAGUCUUCUCUCAUUGGCGAGACAAUGGGGAUCAUGAACCGGUGUUUAACAGCGCUUGCUCUUUUUGAGGGCGAUCCGUCAAAUCUAUCUACCGGCUUCUCGGAAAUCUUAGAACAUAUAGGCUCUGCGCAGAGCUCUGGAGGCGGGGAUGUACCGUUCAUCAUUCACGCUAUACCUCUGAAUAGAGGACUUUGA